GAGAGGCCGCAGCGGCAGCAGCGGCAGCAACCGACGACCGGCCCUGUCUGUGUUGCGACGAGCGGUUCUGGAAGCCGCGGCGGCGUUGGAGGCAUUUGGCUGGUCUUCUGCAACCCGACGAAGCCAUACAGCUGCAAACCCAAGCGACGACCAACGGCGUGGCUGCUUUGUUUUGACGCUUGCACCCCCCAAAAAACCGCAUGCCCCUCGUGCCGACGAGGUGGUGUCAGGCGGACCGCGCGACUGGUCACUGACCAGUUGUAGAGCCUCCUGGAGUUGUCCCCGUCCUACCGGAAGGUCGCCAUCGCUUGAAGAGGCGCACAGGCGCGAAGCGCUGUGGAUCACUUCUGCCACCCGUCCCCUCAAAACGUCGUCUGCUCCGAACCGCAAGACGGCGCUUUCUUUUUUUCUUUAUUUUUCUCGAUGACCGUUUCUGGGCCGCUUCCGAGUGUGCGACGAGUCUUCCAUAGCGUCAGUGAGUGAACAAGGUUGAGACACGUUACGCGCACGCACGUGAUCUGUUUUCGUGUUCCUUCGAAUUUAGAGGUGGGUGUGUGUGCGCGCGUGUAUGGUGUCGGUGUGACGUGUGACUUCGAUCUCCAGCCUACACUUCGCGAAACCACCGUCGCUGCUUGCAUCGCCGUGUGGGGGCAGUAGAACCGUAGGAUUUUCGGAACUCUGGUUGCCUCGUGAUUCCGUCCGCGCUUCUCCAGUUGUUGCGGGCUGGUCGUGAAAACCUCGUUCUACCCUUUGUUUGUUUAUUUUGUUAUCGUACCUAUAUACCUAUUCUGUGAUAGCGACGUGAACCCUGCUUGCACGCCCACCCCCGUCACCCCCCCUUAGGCCUCAUCGGUCAUGGGGUCCACAGCGGGAUUCAAGCUCGCGGCCGCGGGACAACCGCGGUCUCGCUGGUUCUCGAUAGCUUCGGCGCUGGUGGUGUUGUCCAUCGCGUCCACGGACGCCUGGCCCGCCCUGGAUUCGACCACUCUGGAUUCCAACGGCAGUGACGCGGCUGACGCGGCGGUCGUCCGCGGUGCCACAGGUCUACCCCUGGUCUGUGCUUGCGGAGCGGACGUGGCCAAGUGUCCGGCCGGAAGGACGGCCAAGACUCCCAGUCGCUGUCCUCCGUGCGGUCUAGUGUGUGCCCGACAGACCGGGGAAGCCUGUUCGGUCGACGAACCAUGCGCCAAGGAUUUCGGCCUGUCCUGCGACCCCGUCUCCUUCACUUGCAAAGGCAAGCUGCUCAUCCAGAAGAUGGCGGUGACGCACAACUCGGUGUCGUUGCAGUGGAGGAUGCGACAGUACCCGACCCCGUACCCUGGCGUCUUCUACACACCUCGAUACGUCGGGUCUGACACACGGUGGACGAAUGCCGAGCCCAACGACCACUCCGUGAUGCUGAAGAACCUCAGGCCAAACACGGAAUACGUCGUCAGGAUCAUGCAGGACGGAACGCAAGAAAUGAUCGUUGUCCGCACGAAGGACAUGCCGACGCCCGCUGCCGCCAAGGUGCUGGUCACCCAGGUGACUCCCAGCAGCCUGGGACUGGCCUGGGACGACUUCAAGCUGCCCAGCUACGACUCCGGCUAUGUGGUUCAGCACAGGCUACUGACGGCCAACCGCGGAGACGCCCCCUGGGAGAGAGAACAGUUCGGCAACAUACCCCUGGCUACCCUGGACAACCUGAAGCCCCAGACUGGCUACCAGGUGCAGGUGUCUGUCUGGGACGACAAGGAAGCCGGCAAGCUCGGUGCCACCUCUGAGAUCCUCACUGUCUUCACGGCUGACGGCUGCGUCCGCUACAACCGCACGUACCGCGUGGGCGACGAGUUCACUGAGGGCUGCGACCUGCGAUGCGUCUGCCGGGGCAACGACGAAGGCGACUGCAAGGAGCGCUGCCAGGAGCCGUACGUGCGAGCGGGCGCCAUGGCCUCGGACCCGCUCUGCUACGAGAAGGCGCUGCCCGACGACCCCUGCUGCGUCAGCGUCCGGUGCGCGCACAGCAAGAACCACCCGCACCACGACCCCGCGCUGCGGACGUACAGCCAGAAAAGCGGCCACUGUCCCGAGAUCGUGGAGGACCAGAGCACGGACCCGGACUCGUGCUCGAACGAGUGCAACAGCGACUUCGAGUGCGCCGGCGUGCUCAAGUGCUGCCCGAGCUCCUGCGGUGGGGCCGUUUGCGUCGAGCCCUUCUCGGGCAAAGACCCGUGCGACAACGUGUUCUGCGGACCCAACGCGCUCUGCAUGCUGGAGAACGCUUCGCCCGUAUGCCGGUGUAGGAGCGGAUACAGCGGCGAUCCUAACAACGCAACCAUGGGAUGCUCACAAGGCGGCAACGGGGUAGUCCCCGCCGACACUUCAUCCGAGCCCGGCACCGGCGACGACGACCACUCGUCGACGCCGCCGCCAUCCCCUUCGGACACCUGCGUCUACAAGAACCGGACGUACCCCGUAAACGAGUACUUCUACGACGGCUGCGGGCUGAAGUGCCACUGCACCGACCAGACCGAGGUCGAGUGCCAACAACGGUGCCUGUUCGCGCUCGAGGAACCGCCCACGGGCAACCUCGACCCGGGCUGCGAGAUCCUCACGGACCCCAACGACCCGUGCUGCAAGAUCCUGGCCUGCGAAGCGUCGCCCAACGGAACCGUGGCGAUCCAGAACGUCACGGCGCCCGGACGGAGUUCGGAAGCAGCCGGAAAUGAGACCGGUUACGUCAAGAACGACGUCGAGGUGACCACUGCGACCGCGCUGCCAUCCGCGGCGACAAACGCCACUGUCGCUGGCGCCGACGAUGACCCUACGGCGACCACGGUCGUCUACGAGCAGGAGACGGUCACGGAGAAGAUGCUCGUGGACACCGGACGCACCACCAUUGUGAACGUGCUCGAGCCGGGAGACGCCAACGUCACGGAGAACCCGCUGGGAACCGCGAACGUCACCGCCGCGGGCAACAGCAUCGGAAGCGACGGGGCGUCCAACGCGUCUCGACAGGGCGGCUACCCCGGCAAGCUCCAUCGGUUCGACGGAUGCGAGUUCCGCGGCAAGGUGUACCAGGGCGGCGAGACCUUCUUCGACGGCUGCGAAGCCCGGUGUACGUGCAGCGGCAAGGGCCACCUGGCCUGCCUCCCUCGCUGCAACGUCAUCAGUGCCAGCGGUGGCGACACCUGCAAGGAGGUCGCCGACCCUAACGACGCCUGCUGCCGCGUUCUGGUGUGCAGCCCGCCCGGAGACACCCAGGCACCGUCUAGCGUAGAAGGCCUGAAGUUGCUUAUCGAGAUGGCUGAACCCGAGAAUGGCACCACCGUGAAGAUCCGUUGGACCAUGCUUCACGACAAUAGAACCACCCACAUGGCUGGCGACGCUAUGAUUCAGGUUUGGUACGCCGUGGUCACGAAGGACGGCGGUCCCGUCCAGUGGAUGAAGCACAAGUACAAGCUCAGCGACAUGCGGUCCGUGCCGACCACCUCGUCGUUCGAGAUCCGCCUGGGCGGCCUGCAGCCCGAGACCGAGUACUACCUGCGCCUGGUCAAGCCGCCCAGCGAGGACAGCGACGCCGAGCACGCCGCCGCGUCGAGCAACACGGUCAAGGUCAAGACCUUCGCCCCAGCGGUGCGAGCCUCGUUCAACGGGUGCGUUCACCGGAACCGCACGUACGAUCCCGGCAUGGUGUUCUACGACGGGUGCGACCACAAGUGCGUGUGCCACACCGAGGGGCUCGUCGAGUGCCAGGACAGGUGCGAGGUGUACGUGGACACCGUGGGCUACGAGGACUGCCAGUGGGCGCCGGCGCCCGACGACGCCUGCUGCAUGAUCCCGUACUGCGACGGAAAGCCGCCCGUGCCGAGAAAGCCCAGUGACCCGCAGCAGGACGUGUGCCUGGACGAGUCCGGCAAGCCGCACCGCUUGGGAGACGAGUGGGAGACCGGUCAGGGCUGCCUGCGUCGCGUGUGCACGUGCGUGCUUCUGGCCAACGGCUCGGCGCUCGCCGAGUGCGUCGGAGGCUGUCCGCCGCUGUCCGUUACCGUCCGGUCCGCCGACAAGGACUGCCCGCAACCCGUGGUCGUGACACCAGACGACCCGUGCCUCUGCCCUUACGUCAUGUGCAACGGUCCGCGAGGCGCGUCAGUACCGGCUCCUCCGCCAAAUACCGCCGUGGCCGCUCCCCAGCCUGGCCCGGCCAUGUGCAAGUACAACGGGCGGCUGUACAGCGUCAACGAGGAGUUCUACAACGGCUGUCUCGAGGUUUGCCACUGCGGCGCCAACCUCCGCGUCAACUGUGCCAUCAUCGAGUGUCCGCACCACUUCAACCAGCACUUCAGCGAGUGCCUGGAGUGGGACAUCGACCCGGCGUUCCAGCCGUCUCCGCCGAACUGCUGCCCACCGUCCAAGUGCAAGAAAGACGGCUCGUGCCUCUUCAACGGCGUCAAGUUCCGCAACUUCCAGCAGAUUCCGCAGGAGAUGCUCGACUGCGGCAAACGCUGCGUCUGCGUCAACGGCAACGUCUCGUGCGAAAACCGGUGCCCGCCGCUCAACAGCUCGCCGCCCCCGACGCUGCCGUGCCACCCGGCUCAGGCCUACCGCGGUCACCUGCCCGGAGACGAGUGCUGUACCCACUGGAUGUGCCGAGAACCCGAGAAGCCCGCGGUGCACUGCCUGUUCCACGGCGAGCGCUACAAGCUGCACGAGGAGUGGGAGAUGGUCAAGGGCUCCGUGCGCCGCCAGUGCUCGUGCAAGCUGCGCGCCACUGGCGUCGCCGAGGCCGAGUGCACGUCCUCGUGUCCGGCCAUCCCCGAGCGGUUCCAAAAGCCGAACCCGCAGUGCCCGCGGCCCGUGGUCGUCACGCCCAACGACCCCGGCGUGUGCCCCUACAUUGUGUGUAGCCCCACGCAGCCAGGCAAGGAACUGCAGAACGUCAGCGUCGUCGCCGUCAACUCGACCGCGAUACGGGUCCGCUUCACGCUGUCCAACAUCCUCAUCGGCCUCGUGGGGCACGCCGAGCUGCACUUCACCACGGACCCGCUCACGCCACGCGAGACCUGGAGCACGCAGAAGUUCGCUCGGCCCAAGAGGCUGUUCGACACGGCGAACAUCGAGUACUACCUGCCCGGCCUGCGUCCGGACACCACGUACUUCUUCCAGAUACAGAUCAUCAUCGACUCCCUCCAGUCCGGCCCGGAGAGCCAGGUCUUCAAGCUCACCAUGCCGCCCGAACCUACGACGACGACUACGGUGCCUCCGCUGCUGCUGCUGGACAUGAUGAUGGCCGUGAACAGCAUCGACCCGCACACGGCGAAGGUGUCCUGGAGGCCACUGGACAGCCGUGAGAAGAAGUACGUGGACGGCCUGCAGAUUCGCUACAAGAUGAACGGCCAGGAUCACGCGCCAUGGAAGACCACGCCCAUGAUCCACAGGGACCGGACGUCGUACCUGCUGCAGGACUUGGAGCCCAGCGCGUCGUACCUGAUCGAUAUGCAGUUCGCCGUGCCCGAGGGCCUCCCGACGCGCAUCGAGUCGUCGCAGCACGUGGAAAUGAGGACCGCUCCGGUGCCCAAAGACGAGUACCAGUUCGAGUUGAUCGUGAACGUGAAGAGGACGGAGCAGUACUCGGCUUCGCUCGUGCUGGACGGCAUACCGGAUCCCAUCACCAAGUACGUGCACGUGUUCAACGUCAUGUACAAGAGCGAGGCGGCCGCCGAGCACAUUCAGCGCUUCAUGGUCCUCAAGGAACCCAAGAUCUUGCUGGAGGACCUCAAGCCCGGACAGAGGUACAAGGUGUGGGUGGAUGCCUACCUGACCAACGGCAAGACGACGACGUCCAACAUUCUCGACUUCCACACCAAGCCGGGUCCACCGCCAACCACGACGACGACGUCGACCACGACGAGCACGACAACCGAGUCGAACGAGAUCGAAGACAGCAAAGCCGUGGCCCUACACAGCGUGCACCAGGACAACAGCACGGCCGAGGCGUACUACAUCGCCCUCAUCGUGGUCGCCAUAGUCGCCGCGGUGGCCGGACUCGCGUUCGCCGUCGUGCUGGUGCUGCUGCUGCGGAGGCAGUCCACGGCCAAGGCGCCCAUCACGCGGAACCCGUCCGAGUCCGCGUACGACAACCCUACUUACAAGACUUACGAUGGAGAGAAGCCCGAAGAGAAAAACGGAAAUGUGCAAGCAUGACUGCGCAACUAGAGAAAUAGUCUUCACGCUGAGCGUUAUUGUAAUAUAGCAUUAGUACAUAUAUAAAUAUAUAUAUAUACUAUAAUGUUCAUAAUUUCCCCCUGACACAUGAUUGUACAUACGAUGACAGCAAGAGUGACGUUAUAAGCAUUCUUGCUUUUUCCCGUGAAAAAGAAAAGAAAGCGCACAACUAACAAAAGGACUGUUGAUGUUGCUGGUGGGGUCGUAUUUUUUUAUAGGUAGGACGACAUCUCUUGGCAGUCUUUCGGACAGUACUGCGCUAACUGCAUGUGUGUGUACACAACCAGCCAACGUGGAAUGCGUCGAUAAGAGAUUAGAUAUAUUCAGAUUGAACGUGUGCUGACUUGCCGACAGUUUGACUGUUGUUGCCUGAGAUCGUGCCAACGGAGUGCCCGUAUGACGAGAUCCGUUAGGAUGGCAAUUUAGAGCAUCUAACGAUGUUUAGGAGAGUACCGAACCAGUUCUGUUUAGUCAUAGGCGAUAUUUUUUUUCCCCCUGGGACGCAUAUUUCUAAAUAUUUGCUUCGUACGUCUGAGCCCGUGUACCUUCCUAUAUACCAGUGCGUACAAAAGGUCAUGCUGAAGUGCAAAAGCUGACUGCUGCUUACAUAACACAUCAAACAUUGUUAGACGGCAGCUGUAUAGUUGCGUAUUAUUUUUUCUUAGUCUCCUUUUACGCCGACGUUGUGCGCCUGUAGGCUGCAAAAGUUAUUGUCACGUGACCCACAACGACUUACGGUAGACUGCUUCGUCCUCGCUUUUGAGGAGCCGCAAUUAUACCAUGACGAAGCAACUUUUGUUGUGUUGUGACCAGUGAUGACGUGUAUGUUGUACUCGAUACUUUGCUGCAACUUUCACGUACUCAUAUGCACUGAAACGGUCAGUCAGCAGUUCUAUUUUAACACAAUGGAUGUCACUUUCCGAAAUGCUUCUGUACAUAAAACUAUUUGUCCUGAUGUUUUUUUUUUUGGAAAGCCGCACGCGGUGCUAGCGGUUUUCGGCUAUGUAAAGCCAGCAAAGGAGAUUUACAUGCAUUCCUUCAAAUUUGCAUAGUUUGUCGAGUCCACGGCUUGCAGACAGUGCACGUGAACAAGCCCCCCGCUUUGACUUAACGCUAACGUUUGCAUUGAGCGACGUCUAUUAGCAGGCCCGCCCUGCUGACUGCCUGUCAACAUCGUUUUAUAUUACCCUUGAGAUCACAGAUGAAAGCUUCCCUAGACCUUUGUCACCGGUGACUUUUGUACACUGCCAAUUGCAAGCCGCCUCACAAAAAGAGUCGGCAGCUUUCCUUCCACUAUGUCGACCGCAUUGGCACAAUAUGUCAGUGUUAUAAAAAAAACAAGCCUAACAUUUCAUAUCAGUGUGAAAGGUAUAUAUUUUUUUCUUGGCUGCCAUUCUUUCUGUAACCGUUUGCCAUUCUAACAUUGCUUGAAUGAAACUAGCGUUCAAUGCGAAUGGUCGGUGUGUCCCUUGUUCCUUCGUAACUACCACUUAAUUUUAUUUGAGACCCAGCCAAGCUUGGGCUCUUGUAAUGCCAUACAGAGUGUGUUUAGGACUACGCUUAAUACGUGUGCUGUGAGCUGUUGCUUGACAUUCCGAAUGCUGGAUGCGUGGUAAAAAAAAAAAAAAAAGGGUGUGCUUGCUUUCGUUUAGUUUAUUGUUUUGCUUUUUUUUACGAACAGAGAACGUUGCCGUAUCAGUCUGUUUCAAUUGUUUGUUUGUUAAGUGGUGAGUCGUGUCGGCUUAGCACGUUGUGCAUUUGUGGAGCGCUGUUCUUUACAGCCUAAGAUUGAGUGAAGCGUGUGCCUGUGCGUGCGUUGUGAUUGUACAUAUUAAAUGUUAUCAAAGCUAUCGGAGAACAAAGAAGAGUACGUGUCAUCACGUGUUUUUUCUUGAAAGAGAAGAAAUGUACGUGUGUAUUGAUGUGUACAAUAAAUCUAUUGUGUGAAAAUAAA